AAUAGAGAACUUACUGUGUUCUUUUCUCUAUGGUUACCAUCACGUGAUGGCACGUGAAUCGACGGACAGAUUGUGGUGGAAGGGGCAACCAGACAGGGGCGAAGGCAGGAUCUCGUGAUUGCGAUCGGUCUUCGACGGUCUUAAAAAUGUCGUAUUCUGGCGUGAUUGGGGCUCAUCAGGCUGCAAGGGAACAUGUUUUAGCUGUAUCGAGAGAUUUUAUUUCACAACCUCGAUUAACAUACAAAACAGUAUCUGGUGUAAAUGGCCCUCUUGUGAUCUUGGAUGAAGUGAAGUUUCCUAAGUUUGCAGAAAUUGUCCAGCUUAGAUUAAAUGAUGGCACUAUUAGAUCAGGGCAGGUUUUGGAAGUUAGCGGCUCAAAGGCAGUCGUACAGGUAUUUGAAGGCACAUCAGGUAUUGACGCCAAAAACACACUGUGUGAAUUUACGGGUGAUAUUUUACGAACCCCUGUAUCAGAGGAUAUGUUAGGACGUGUUUUCAAUGGAAGUGGAAAGCCAAUUGACAAAGGUCCCCCAAUUCUUGCAGAAGAUUAUCUUGAUAUUCAGGGUCAACCAAUUAACCCGUGGUCUCGUAUUUAUCCUGAGGAAAUGAUACAAACUGGUAUUUCUGCCAUUGAUGUAAUGAACUCAAUUGCUCGAGGACAGAAAAUCCCUAUAUUUUCUGCAGCUGGUCUGCCACAUAAUGAAAUUGCUGCUCAGAUCUGUCGUCAAGCUGGUCUUGUGAAGCUCCCUGGCAAAUCUGUUCUUGAUGACCAUGAGGAUAAUUUUGCUAUUGUAUUUGCUGCUAUGGGUGUGAACAUGGAGACAGCCAGAUUCUUCAAGCAAGACUUUGAAGAAAAUGGUUCCAUGGAAAAUGUGUGCUUGUUCUUGAAUCUUGCCAACGAUCCUACCAUUGAGCGUAUCAUCACUCCUCGUUUGGCCCUUACUGCUGCUGAGUUCUUGGCUUACCAGUGUGAGAAGCACGUUUUGGUCAUUCUUACAGAUAUGAGUUCAUACGCCGAAGCUCUGCGUGAGGUGUCUGCUGCCCGAGAGGAAGUACCUGGCCGUCGAGGUUUCCCUGGUUACAUGUACACUGAUUUGGCCACCAUUUAUGAGCGAGCUGGACGAGUGGAGGGUCGUAAUGGUUCAAUCACUCAAAUCCCUAUUUUGACUAUGCCUAACGAUGAUAUUACCCAUCCUAUCCCUGAUUUAACUGGGUACAUUACGGAGGGUCAGAUUUACGUUGAUCGUCAGUUGCACAAUAGGCAGAUCUAUCCUCCAGUGAAUGUGCUUCCUUCACUGAGUCGUUUGAUGAAGUCUGCUAUUGGUGAUGAUAUGACAAGGAAAGAUCAUGCUGACGUUUCAAACCAGUUGUAUGCAUGUUAUGCUAUUGGCAAGGAUGUGCAAGCCAUGAAAGCUGUGGUGGGUGAAGAAGCCUUGACCCCUGAUGAUUUGCUCUACUUGGAGUUCCUCACUAAAUUUGAGAAGAACUUCAUUUCUCAAGGUAAUUACGAGAAUCGUACAGUUUUUGAAUCGUUGGACAUUGGAUGGCAGUUGCUGCGUAUCUUCCCAAAAGAGAUGCUGAAACGUAUUCCUGCUUCAACUUUGGCAGAGUUCUACCCAAGAGAUUCCCGUCACACGCAAUCCAAGUAAAUUAGCUGCCUUUAACCAUCUGUAUUUGGUAUUUGGUUGGCUUACUUGGUGGGUUUUACACCAAGAUUGCCACAGUUUUUCUCAGAUCAUUGUACAUACUCUUCAUCGAUGUACACAUUACUCUGUGUUCUUCUACUUACCUAUUUUAUUGAGUGCUGACAAUAUACUACAUUGAAGCCCUUCACAGUUGGUCACAUUUUGUUCCUUGUAAAAGUGUUCAAUUUAGAUGUGACAAUGGAGGGUUUUCUCAAUAAUAGCUACAUUGGUAGCAGUUCUCAUUAUGUAAAUUUUUAAUGACAUUUCUUUGAGAAAAACUGUUGCAAUAUCAUUUCUUGGAUAUUGUAACUCAUCAUUACAGUUGUCUUCUAGAUGUCAGUACAUACUUUGUAGUUUGGUUUUGUGGAUGAGGCAUUUCAUGUGUAAUUGGUGCAGUAGUCAGAAACUGAUAAGACUAUUUUGUAAAGAAAAAUUGUUAUUUUGUGUAUGUACAGUUGUGUAAUAUAUGAUGUGAAUAAUUGUGGAGUUCACCUCUGUCCAUUGAAAUAUUCCAUUAUGUUGUAAAUUUCAUUGAACUACAUAACGUUGUUGCCAGGUUUCAUUUUACUUAUGAGACAUUCCGCUGUUAUUCGUACAGAGAUUUAUUUCUUGUCUUUGGUGUACAGAUGUGUAGAUGUUACUGUCUAAUAUAUAGUUCAACAAAUCAUUAACUUGGGCUGUAUUUGAAGUUGUGCGAUGUUGGUAAUGGAGUUUCUGCAGUGAAUUAAAUUGAUAGAAAUGUUAACUUGCAUUCAGUAUUUUGAGCCCUGGUGGAUGGUUUGUAGUUACUGGUGUACUUAUCAUAUUCCUGUAGAUAAUGUCUGAAUUGUUGAAGUUGAAUACAUAAAUUAGUGUGUAUAUAAGUUAUAAUUAUUUAUUUCCUUUCCCAUUGCUCCCUUCUCUUUGAAUUUGAUGAGAACUUGGUAAUUAAAGGUUAUACUAAAAGACAUAUUGUUUAAGUCUUCAGAACAACUUGUUCAUUUACCUCAGUGUCACAUUAUCUUUACCAAGAUUACUGAUGAUCAGAUAUGUAAUAUUUGGGGAAAUACCUAUUUUUGUUGUUGAGAACUUGUAAAAUGGCUGAUAAUUACAUCUUACAAAUCUUAAGUGUAAUAGUGAUUAUUUUUGCUUUUGAUGUAAAUUUUCGUACAUAAUACUAAGGUAUUAGACGAUUCUGUCUUAAAGGAACGUAUGAUUCAUUGUGUGCCCUUCAGUGCUAGUCAUGUUUUAAAAUAGAUGAUUGUUAAAAAUAUUUUAAGUUUCUCCAGGUAACGCAUUUUUGAACACUGUCAACAAAAAAUAUCGUUACGCAAAAAUCAAAGGUCCAGAUGUGGUUGAUGUUGAGCAUUAAGAAAAACUAUAGGUGACUUCUGUAAUUCAUGGUUAUUAGUUUGGGAAAUGUUUCCUUCGUAAAUACUGAUUUUAUUAGUUCAAAACCAUUUUAUUUGGAAAGCUUUUCAUGAAUUUUCUCAGCGAUUCAUUUGAGAAUCGGAGAGAUAAGCUCUUAGCUGGCUCAAAGAUGGGAAUAAGACUGAUAGGUAAGGAUUGAUUAUGACUGUAGUGUUGUUUAGGGUAUUGCUCCAGUCUUCCACAAAUUGAUGAGAGUGUGCCACAGAAAGACUGAUCUCUAAACUUCUUGAUCAGUGGUCAGCUUUAAGAGAUGUAAGUUUUGAGAUUUAGUUUGUGUAAAAAAAAAUUGCCACUUGGAACUCGAACCUAAACCUUUCAGUCUACAAAGCUUCAGUUGUGAAUAUGUACCAUUAUAAUUAUAAAAUACACAACGUAUCUCCCCUCCCCUCCAAAACUCAAUUUUUUAUUAUGAUAAACUUUCCUCAAACCUAUUUUAAAAUGACAUAUGUAUACGAAAAUGUAGUUUUUGAUCUUCUGUACAAUCUUAAAAACAUGAUACAGUUCUACUUCAUAGCAUUGAAUGAUGGGUUCUAUGUAGCUAGUAAUGCAUGAAGUGGAGUGACAUUUAGCUCAUUUGUGCAAUUACUUAUAGUUAAAACAUUUCCUUUUCUUCAAAAUUUGCCUUACGAUGCUAAUUAGCAAUCUCACUUAUCUUGGCAACUACCAGUUUGUGUAAUUGAGAUCUUAUUUCAAGAAAAAACUAAUUUUCAGGUAAUAUGGUUAAGACAGAUGUCAGAUAAUACACCUUCAGAAUCUGAUUUUAUUGUACAGAUAAGAUUCACCAAAUACAAAUGUAAUUAUUACAUUUGUAUUUUCAUGUAUUCAGCCCUAAUUACUGGAAAUUAUUUAUUUAACUAUUAAUUUCCAUAACAGUAAUUAACUGAUACUACGAAAAUUAAUUUGUUUGACUUCUGUAAAGAAAUUUGUUGGUUAAAAUAAUUUUUGUAUAAAAAGUUCUGUUGCACUUACGAAUUAUGGAAAUAAUAAAAAAAUUGUUUUGAGGAGGAGGGGUUUCCAUUCGUUCAAGAUGUAAGUAAGAAUUGGAUCAGAAAAAUACACUAUGGUAUGAAAUUAGCAAGGAAUAAUAUAACAAAAAAUCAC